AUGUCUACAAUUCCACAAAAAAUCGCGAAAGCCGCUAUAAAAUCAGUAAUAGGUUCAACUCUUGGAGGCGACAACAACAGUGACGCAUCACAAGCAACACCCACAAAUUCACAGCCAAUAAACGCACAAGCACCGAAUAACACAUCAGCAUCAAACGCCGUCAAGAAACGAAAAAAUAAAUAUAAUUUGCCACCUGGACUCACAAAACAAGAAGCGAAACCGAUUUUGGGGAUUUUACCGGUAAUUGGUGAUUUCGCGGGUGUUUUCCUCGCGUUAACGUUAGUAAACACUGCAAGACAACUAGAUUUACCCCCGGCGAUAGUCUCCAGAAUGAUGAUAAAUGUCAUGAUUGAUUUUCUGAUAGGACUAGUACCAUUUAUAGGGGACGUAGCGGAUUUUUUAUAUAAGUGUAAUACGCGUAAUGCGAAUUUAUUACACGAAUAUCUUGAAGAUCGAGCAAAGAAUAGAUCAUUGGUAUUGGAAGAAGGGUCGGUCGAAGUACUUGAACGAGUUCCUCCAGUGUCUGAGGAAGGUACUUCUUAUAAUGGGAGAAUUGGAAGAUGA